GUCAGACCGUAUAUUUGGUCGGUAAUUCGGCGGUCUGCAUUUGUUCGAAUUUAACUGUACGUACGCCAUGCAAAAUUUUGCUAAACAAUUUUGAUCUAGAAGUUUCAUUGAAAAGUGUCUUUUUAUGUGAAUAGUCAACUGAUUUGUGAAUGUUUAAUGUGAUAAAAAUUCGAAAUAAGCCAGAGAAUGUCUGCAAAGAGUUCAAUUCAGGUGUGCAUCAAGGUGCGCCCCUGCGAGGCCGGCAAUGCAUCGGUGUGGGAAGUGAAGGAGUCCCGCUCCAUACGCCUUAUCGACAACCAAGCUGAUCCGUGUGUCUUCGACUAUGUGUUUGAUCAGAAUGGAAAUAACCAGGAGGUGUUUGACCGCAUGGCCAAGCACAUUGUCCAUGCCUGCAUGCAGGGCUUCAAUGGUACUAUUUUUGCCUACGGCCAGACGUCAUCAGGCAAAACGUACACAAUGAUGGGCGACAGGGAGAACCCGGGCGUAAUGGUUCUUGCUGCUAAGGAGAUCUUCAAGCAGAUAGCCAACGACAACGAUCGCGAGUAUUUGCUUAGAGUGGGCUACAUUGAGAUCUACAACGAGAAAGUCUACGAUCUGCUGAACAAGAAGAACCAGGACCUCAAGAUACACGAGGCCGGCAAUGGCAUUGUGAAUGUGAAUUGCGAGGAGUGCAUCAUAACCAGCGAGUCGGAUCUGCUGCGGUUCCUCAGCAUGGGCAACAAGGAGCGCACUGUGGGCGAAACCAACAUGAACGAGCGCUCCAGUCGCUCCCAUGCCAUCUUUCGCAUCAUCAUCGAAUCGCGCAAAAGCGAUCGCACUGUGGACGAUGCCGUCAUUCAGAGUGUCUUGAAUUUGGUGGAUUUGGCCGGUUCUGAGCGGGCCGGGCAAACAGGUGCGAGCGGGACUCGCCUCAAGGAGGGGAGCCACAUCAACAAGAGUCUUCUGUUCCUCAGCAACGUGAUCAUGAAUCUGUCCGAAAACUUGGACAAUAAGUUCAUAAGCUUCCGCGACUCCAAAUUGACGCGGAUACUGCAGGCUUCGCUAGGAGGCAACGCCUUCACGUCCAUCAUAUGCACCAUCAAACCCUCGAUUGUAGAGGAGUCGCUAUCGACAAUCAAUUUCGCUAUGCGCGCCAAGAAGAUCCGCAUCAAGCCCGAGGUCAACGAGAUGGUCUCCGAUGCAACAAUGAUGAAGCGGCUGGAGCGGGAGAUCAAGGAGCUCAAGGACCGCCUGGCCGAGGAGCAGCGCAAGAACGAGAGCCAGCUAAAGGUGAAGCAGCUUGAGAACCGCAUCCAGAACGACAUGCUUAAGAUCAUCACUAGCAACUCGCUAAACGACAAGCGGUUUAAGAAUCGCCGCCGUACAUGGUGCCCUGCCACCUCGAUUCCAGAGAGUGCCAUCCCCACACCGCUGCAUUGCGGACCGCCAGAGCCCAAACAGGACCAUCGACAAUCGAAGCUUUCCCAUCUGCCGAAGCCGGUGUUCUUUCCCAACUCGCACAUCAGCCACCGCGCCGACAACGGUCCCAAGACCAUUAAUAUCAUGAAGUCGCUGGACAUUGGCACUAGUGAAGAGGAAUUCAGCCCAGCCGAGCUCAUCGACUUUGGUCUGAGGCCCUCGGAUGUUUUGAGGACGAAGGAGCUUAGCAGAGCUGAGCUCUCUCUCACGCCCAAUGUGGGAGUUUCAAGCUUGGUGGAGAAAACGAAAAUCGAUCGCUUGGAGCUGCAAAUGUUCACCUCGUUAGAGAAGCAGUUCGAAGGGGACUGGGAAAAGUCCCAGGCUCUGGCAGAGAAGUUGUCCGAGGUGACAGCCCAGCGCGAUGAGCUAGAGUCAGAGAGCCAAAAGAAUGCCCAGCGUUGCGAAGCCCUGCAGGCCGAGGUAGAGGCAGUCAAUGCCAAGAACACAGAGUACGAGGAGCAGCUGAAGGCCUUGAAGGAGACCAUUCAGAAGCUGGAGGUGGAGAAUCGUGAAGCUGUGAGCUUGGAAUUCGAGUACCAGUCCCACAAAACCAAAUCAAAGCUACGAGAGACCGAUCUACUGUCGGCUCUGUCGGAGAAGGAUUUGGCCAUUGAAAAUCUGCAGAAAACUCUCGAUGAAAUCUCCCGCGAUGUCCUGCGCAACAGCAAGGAGGAGCUAAUGCGCUCCAUUUGCCCCGAGCUGGAGUCAAGCCCCGAGAGAAUCUGCACCAAGUGUCUGGAAUUUGAAAGCCUCUUGGCCGAUGCCGACACAAAGCUGAAGAACGUUCAGGUGGCCUUUACCCAGAAGACGGAGGACUGCGAGCGCCUCAAUACCCAAAUAUCCACAGCCCAUGGCGACAUGGCUAUUCUGCAGGGAAAGAACGAUAGUCUGGAGCAGAAUUUGCAGAGCCAGCAGCAGGCCAUUGAGGCCAUGGAGGCAGACUAUAAUUUACUCCAACAGAAGUACCAGCAGCUGCAGCAGGAGUACGAGGAUCUGAGGCGAACGUCGAGUGCUUCCGAAGAGCAGGUUCUGCUGCUGGAGUCAGACAACACCAGACUGCAGGCCGAGAUUGUCACUCUGAGGGAGCGAGUGGAGGAGGCGCAGCGUCUGCUCUUGGAAGCUCCCAGUCCCGAGACCCUUGCGGAACAGUUCAAGGCCCAGAGCGAUCAGCUCAAGGCAGAGCUGGCGAAUGUCCAGACGAGCCUUGCGGAGAUGCAGGAAGAGUACAAUUGCAUGUCGAACCAGCUAAUGGACAGUGUGGAGGAAUGCGAUGUCCUGCAGAACGAGGUCAGCGCUCUGCGUGAGGAACUAAAGCUGCAGAAGUCGAUGCCCAGCUGCGACAUCGAGUCCAUGAAGAGCUCAGGCGUUGGCACCGAGUGCAGUGAUCUUGAUUCCGACGCAGACAGCGGAUUUUUGGAGAAGUUUGCUCGGCUGUCAGAUUCGCUGCACGAGAUAGAGCUGCAGCAUCGCUCGGGCAGCAGUCGCCUCUUCAGGGCCACUAAGAUUCAUGAGCAGAAUGUGCCCGGCCUGAAGCUUUGCCUCGAGUCAGCUACAGACAUACACACCGUCUCUCACCCGCUCGAUGAUAAUACAGCCGAUGAGGUGUGCCUGAAGGGCGUGCUGCGACAGCACAGGUUCCAGAUUAUCAGACUCACCCAAGAGUCAGCGCCAGGGGAAGAAGAGGUGGAGAAGAGACGUCUGCUCGACCACAUUGCUCGGCUGGAGAUGGAGAUUGCGGAGAAGAAUAUGCUGAUCGAUGUCACGGAGGGAACUAUUAACGAGAUGCGCGAACAGAUGACCGACCUGGAGUCGGCUCUCCUGGAGAAGUCGGUGAUCGUCAACAAGGUUGAGUCCUACCAGCGACAGAUCGAGUCCCUAGAGAAGCAGAAUGCCGAGAUAACCAUCGUCUGUGAGGAGCUGCAGGAGAAGGUGAAGGAGAACACACUGAGCGAGAGUCUCAUGUUAUCCCAUGGCGACGAUACCCUGCCCGGCAGCACAUCCCCCUUGUUGCUGCCAGACCAGGAGGCAUCCGAGAUAGCUGCCCUCAAGACAUCCCUUUCCGAGCUGAAGGACAAAGUCGCCGAGCUCCAAGGCCGAGUGGAGAUACAACUGUUGCAGUUGCAGCAAAAGGACAACCAUAUCGAUCAGCUGCGUACGGAAAUCGACGAGCUGAAUGAGCGCUGCAUGUCCAUGGAGGUAAAGCAGGUGGAGCUCCAAUCGAAUGCCAGCCAGAAGCAGCAGCUCCUGGAAAGGCAAGCAGAGAAGUUGGCAGACGACGUUCAACGCAUCGACCAGCUACAGGAAACCAAUGCGAAGCUCGUCGAGCGCAGCACCAAGGCUGAAGAGUCCCUGUCGGAGAUGCAAGAGCGUUUGCUGCAGAACAAUGGAGACAUCCAGACUGUUGAAGAAGACCUAAAGAGUGCCAGAGAUCGCAUCGAGACUCUUCAAGAAGACCUAAAGAGUGCCAGAGAUCGCAUCGAGACUCUUCAAGAAGAUCUGAAGAGUGCCGGAGAUCACACCAAGACUGUUGAAGAAGAUCUGAAGAGUGCCGGAGAUCGCAUCGAGACUCUUGAAGAAGACCUAAAGACUGCCAGGGAUUCGAUAGAGGCCAUUGAACAAACGAAGAUAGAUGAACUGAACGCCCUUAAGCUGGAAUAUCUCGAUAAAAUAGAGCAGAGCGAGAACGAAUAUCGCGCCAACUUCCGCAAAUACAACGCGGAGUGGGAGGAGGGCAAGGAACGCUACGAACAGAACGUGGCCAGUCUCGUGGCAGACCAAGCCAAGGCUGCUGCUCAACACCAGGCAGAGCUGGAGGACAUCAGGAUAGAGCAUAAUUUGGUCUUAGAUCAGCUGAGGCAGGAGAAGCUCGAACUUGAGUCGCUUUGCGCGAAGAGCCAGGAAUUGGUGGAGGAACUACAAUCGCAGAUGAACGCCCACGACCGCAGCUCAUCCGUACAGCUGGAUGAGCUGAUAGCCGUCGAAAAGCAGAGGAAUCAAGAGCUUAAAGACAGAUGCGAGGAGCAUAUUUUGGACUACGAACAGCAGAUUUCUAAAAUCCAAGCUGACCUGGAUAAGCUGAAGGAGGAGAAGAUGGCUCUGCACUCCGAGAUCAAAGAGGCGGAAUCGCAGCAUGCGAGCACUUUGGAGAAGAUUCAACUAAUGGAGCGAGAACUGGAAACCCUGAGCAAGCAGACAGCCUUCGAGAAGGCUGAACUACUCGACAAACUUGAGACUUUCAGCUCGAAGAACAGUGAUCUUAAUGAAGAGCUACAGAGGGCCCAAAAGAAGGCUCUCAGCUUUGAAGACCUACUCUCUCAGCAUCAGAGGUUGCAAGAGUGCUUGUCCGAGGCCACUGGGGUUAACAUUACGCUAAGAGAACAAGUAGAGAACCUACAGUGCGAGAUCAACAGUUCCCAGAAAGAGCAAAGCGAUCGAACCGUUGAAAUCGAAACACUUCGAUCGGAACUGAUAAGCGCCUUCGAAGUGAUGGACUCUGCGACCGCACAGGAGUCUCUUCUGAAGCUUCAGAUGCAGCUAAUGGAGACCAAGAUUUCUAGUCAGGCAGCAUAUUUCCAACAGGAGGUGGCAGUGCUGAAGAGUUCAAAGAACGAGCUGCAGCUGAAGCUGGAGUCCCUGCAAGAGAGCAAAACGAAGCUGGAGUCGUGCAGUCAAGACCUAGAAGUGGCAAUGAAAAAUGCCAGAAACCUCCAAAGUAUGCUGGAAGAGGAGCAACAAAUGUGUUGUUCUCUGCGCGAUGCCUACUCGAAACUGGAGGAAUCCAAUGACCAGCUGGUGGGUCAACUAAAGGAAAAGGAUGCAGCAUGUGAGGCCUUCCAGGAUUCGUUGUCUCGGCAGAAUAUGGCUCUCGAAGAAGCCAAUGUCAAAUGCUUGGAAAUGCGGCAGGAAGUGAAGGAGGCCCGCAUGUCCGUGGAGGAACUAAAAAAUGAAUGCGAAACCCUGCGAUCAUCUCUAAAUGCCGCUUUGGCCCAGCAAGAACAAGUUCUUGCAGAAUCCGAUAAGCAAUGCCUCGAACUUCGUCAGAAAAGUCGCCAGUUAGUAGCUCAACUCCAGGAAAAGGAAGCAGUUUGUGAGACCCUUCAGGAUUCCUUGUCUCAGCAGACACAGGCUCUCGAAGAAGCCAAUAAAAAGUGUGUGGAAAUGCGGCAGGAAGCUGAAGAGGCUCGCCAGUCAGUUGCUGAACUAACCAAAGAGUGUGAAAGUCUGCAAACGGCACUGAAAACAACUGAGACGGAACGCGAUUCCUUGCGCAAUUCUGCGGCCCAGCAAGAACAAAUCCUUGCAGAGACCGAUAAGAAAUGCCUUGAACUGCAACAGGAAAUUAAGGAGAGUCUCCAGUUAGUUGCUCAACUCAAGGAAAAAGAUGCACUCAGUCAGACCUUCCAGGGUUCCUUGUCUCAGCAGACACAGGCUCUCCAAGAAGCCAAUGGCAAAUGCUUGGAAAUGCGGCAGGAGUUGGAGGAGGCUCGCCAGUCCGUGGCGGCACUGACCAAAGAAUGUCAAAAGCUGCAAACGGCCAUGGAUACCAUUGAAGCGGAACGUGAUUCUUUGCGUAUUAGUGCAGCCCAGCAAGAACAAACUCUCGCUGAAACCAAUAAGAAAUGCUUGGAAAUGCGGCAGGAAUUGGAGGAGGCUCGCCAGUCCGUGGCGGCGCUGACCAAAGAGUGUGAAAGUCUGCAAACGGCACUGAAAACCAUUGAAGCGGAACGCGAUUCCUUGCGCAAUGCUGCGGCACAGCAAGAACAAAUCAUUGCAGAAACCGAUAAGAAAUGCCUCGAACUGCAACAGGAAAUUAAGGAGAGUCUCCAGUUAGUUGCUCAACUCAAGGAAAAAGAUGCACUCUGUCAGACCUUCCAGGGCUCCUUGUCUCAGCAGACACAGGCUCUCGAAGAAGCCAAUGGCAAAUGCUUGGAAAUGCGGCAGGAAUUGGAGGAGGCUCGCCAGUCCGUGGCGGCACUGACCAAAGAGUGUGAAAGUCUGCAAACGGCACUGAAAACAACUGAGACGGAACGCGAUUCCUUGCGCAAUUCUGCGGCCCAGCAAGAACAAAUCCUUGCAGAGACCGAUAAGAAAUGCCUUGAACUGCAACAGGAAAUUAAGGAGAGUCUCCAGUUAGUUGCUCAACUCAAGGAAAAAGAUGCACUCUGUCAGACCUUCCAGGGUUCCUUGUCUCAGCAGACACAGGCUCUCCAAGAAGCCAAUGGCAAAUGCUUGGAAAUGCGGCAGGAGUUGGAGGAGGCUCGCCAGUCCGUGGCGGCACUGACCAAAGAAUGUCAAAAGCUGCAAACGGCCAUGGAUACCAUUGAAGCGGAACGUGAUUCUUUGCGUAUUAGUGCAGCCCAGCAAGAACAAACUCUCGCUGAAACCAAUAAGAAAUGCUUGGAAAUGCGGCAGGAAGUGGAGGAGGCUCGUCAGUCAGUAGCUCAAGUCAAGGAAAAGGAUGCAGCAUGGGACGCCUUACAGAAUUCCUUAUCUCAGCAGAAAUUGGCUCUCGAAGUAGCCAAACAAAAAUGUUUGGAAAUGCACCAGAAAGAUGAGCAGUCUCGCAAGUCAGUGGCGACACUGACCAAAGAAUGCGAAACGCUUCGCACAACAAUGAAAACCAAUGAGACUGAUUAUCGCACUGAAAUGGAACGCGUACAGGCUACUGCGUCGAGUCUUUUGGAGGACAAACGCAACCUAGAAGAAAAGGUGUGCACUCUGAAUGAUAUUGUGGAGAAGCUACAGGGUGACUUGACUACCCUUCAAGGACUCAAAGCCAACGCCAGCAAUGUGUCCUUUGAGUCCAAUGCGUCCAGCACGUCGCCCUCUGCACCAAGAAAAUCGAUAAGCUUUGAGUCCGACUGGCGUAAGAACCGACGGCUAAGCGUACACGAUGAGCGUCGCAGGCAGUCUUACUGGAACAACGUGCGCGAUUGGGGAACCAUGACGGAUCCCGUGGACAAUAACUGCAACUGUGUUGAGCUCAACCAAAAGCUGCAGGACUGCCAGCGAGACCUUUUUAUACGGGAGAGCCAGGUGACAGCAUUAAACAUUGAACUCAAAAACCAUCCUCUGAAAGACGAGAAUGCCCAGCUACAAAAACGACUAUUGGAAGAACAGGAAAAAGCACGUGCCGAACUGAGGCGUCUUAAGCUGAAGAAUCAAGAUCUCACUAUCAAGGUCAAUGACAUGACUGCAGCGGCAUCUGCAUCAGUCCAAGGCCAAGCAUGCAGAAUAACCCCUGCGAUGAUCUCGGUGGAUACACAGACAGAGUCUGACUUGGAGAAGGUCCUGGAGAAGACAAACCUAAAGUAUCAAGACGCACUUAAACUGUGCCGCUUCCGCUACUCUACGAUCCAAGAUUUGGAACAGAGACUAAAGCAAAACGAAAAUUGCGACACCUCCAACCUGACCUCCCUUACAGCAGGCCAAAUCAAUGCGCUUAAGACCCAAUGUGAGGCGCACAAGAAGGAAAUAUCAGCCAUGAACGAGAAAUACGAGUACGCUAAACGAGUGCUCAAGAUGCGCAAGGAUGAGGUGGUUGAACUGCGCGCUAAAAUCGCUGACUACGAGGCAGCCUCUACAGCCAAAUAAGUCGCUAUAACAUCAUAGUUUAGUUGUAUAUAACCUUUAGUUCUCUAUGCCCGUACCAAGAUCAAAUCGUUUAUUUCCAAUUAUUUAUUCCAUGUGAGAAGUCAAAACUUUCAAUAUUUUUCGGAGUAUUUUAAAUGUAUUUAUGUACUUGUCAUUAAGUUUAGUGUUGCAAGGUGGACAUGUAUCGAAUACACAGCUACGCUGCCUACUGCAUAUUUCUGUACUAAUCUAAAUCUAUACGGUCCUUUAUAACUUAAGAAUUCUAAAAGAAUUCUUCUUCAAUACCUCAUUAUUUGUGUACUUCUGUGCUGAUGAAGAAACAGGCAAUUGUGGACCUGUGGAAUUACUUACUUUUAUUAAAAAAAAAAAAAGAUCUUUGCAUCAAAUGUACCUGAAUCGAAGAAAGGAACCCCCAGCAAAUGUGCAGAUAGAACAGAUAGAAACACCAUAAACAUUGUUCUUCAUAACGCGGCUUUAUUGUAAUUUCAAUAAAUAUUUAUAACUUUCUAAGCA